AGAACUUGACCCUGUAGUGGCAGCAAUCAAGGAUGGAGAUGAAAAAGCAGUAUGCAACAUGAUGAAAUCAGGAAAAAACCUUUCUGAACCUAAUAAGGAUGGCUGGAUACCCCUCCAUGAAGCUGCAUACUAUGGCCAAGUGGGUUGCCUGAGUCUGUUGCAAAAAGCGUACCCUGGCACAAUUGACCAGCGUACCCUCAAUGAGGAGACAGCUCUCUACCUGGCCACCAGCCGGGGCAACCUGGACUGCCUGCUCACCUUGCUGCAGGCUGGGGCCGAGCCCGACAUCUCCAACAAGGCCAGAGAAACACCACUCUACAAAGCUUGUGAGCGCAAGAAUGCAGAGGCUGCAAGACUCCUGGUUCAGUACAAUGCUGAUACCAACCACCGUUGCAAUCGAGGAUGGACUGCUCUCCAUGAGGCUGUCUCCCGAAAUGACCUGGAGAUUAUUGAUAUCCUUGUGAAAGGAGGUGCCAAAAUUGAGUCUGCAAACGCCUAUGGGAUCACUUCUUUAUUUGUGGCAGCUGAGAGUGGGCAGUUGGAAGCUUUGAGAUACCUCGCAAAAUGUGGUGCUGAUAUAAAUACUCAAGCCAGUGAUAAUGCCUCUGCUCUUUAUGAAGCCUGUAAAAAUGGACACGUAGCUGUUGUGGAGUUUCUUUUGUCCCAAGGUGCAGAUGCUAACAAAGCCAAUAAGGAUGGUCUGUUACCUCUUCACAUAGCAGCCAAAAAAGGGAUUUGCGAGAUUGUCUCCAUGCUGAUCCCUGUGACCAGCCGCACCCGCGUCAAGCGUAGUGGCAUCAGCCCCCUGCACCUAGCAGCCGAACGCAACAAUGAUGACAUCUUGGAAGAGCUGAUUGAUGCUGGCUACGAAGUCAACACCACCCUCUCCAAUGAACGGUCCUGCCUUUAUGAGGACAGACGCACCACCCCCCUCUAUUUUGCUGUUUUUAACAACAAUAUCUAUGCCACAGAGCUCCUGCUGCAAGCUGGAGCCAAUCCCAAUGUUGACCUCAUCAACCCAUUACUCAUCUCCAUCCGCCAUGGCUGCCUGAAGACCAUGAAACUGCUCCUUGACCAUGGAGCAAACAUUGAUGCCUAUAUAUCAAGCCAUCCCACCGCAUUUCCAGCUACUAUCAUGUUUUCGAUGAAGUACCUUUCCUUGCUGAAGUAUCUCCUGGAUCUGGGCUGUGAUGCAGUUUCCUGUUUUCACUGUCCAUACGGAAACAGCCCACACCCUGCAUUAAAUUACAGUCGAGACAGACUUAAUGAUCCUCAGCUGUCCAAGGAGCCAACCGUAGUACAGUUUUGUGAAAUGGUGUCCGCUCCAGAGAUUAGUCGCUGGGCCGGGCCAAUCAUCGAUGUUCUCCUGGAUUAUGUGGGUAAUGUGCAGCUCUGUUCCCGGCUCAAGGAGCAUAUCGACAGCUAUGAGGACUGGGCUGUCAUUAAAGAAAAAGCAGAGCCCCCACGAUCUCUUUCCCAUCUUUGCCGCAUCAAGGUACGAAGCCUGGUUGGAAGAAACCGCAUUAAACUUCUUGACACCUUACCUCUCCCAGACAGACUGAUUCGAUACUUACAACAUGAUUACACACAGUGA